UUUGUUUUUCUCAAUUUGGUUGGUGGUUCCUUCGGGUAAAAUGGAAAAGUUUUUGCGCAUAACAAAUAAAGACAGUGACAGUGUCUCUUCGUCUGCUGGUUCUUCGUCUGCUGGGUCUUCGUCUGCUGGUUCUUCGUCUGCUGGGUCUUCGUCUGAUUUUGAGCCGCCUUGCAAGCGCAAAAAAAGCGCGUCCGAAGUAUGGAAGCACUUUGAAAAGUGCAAGAACAAGAUGUUUGCCAAAUGUCGUCUUUGUGGAAAGGAAUACAAAACGUCCGGAAAUACGACAAACUUGUCGGAUCACCUCAAACAUGUGCAUCCAUUGAAGACAGCUGUGACUGCAGAUAAUUUGUCGAAAAUAGACGAUUUUGUAAGCCGUUCUGAGGCGUACGCUCCCACAUCGACUAAAAAGACGGUGUUGGAUAAAGGUCUUGCUCAAAUGGUGGCAUCAGAUGUGCAACCAUUCAGUAUCGUGGACGGUGUGGGAUUCCGCAAUUUUGUACGCCUACUUGACCCGAAGUAUGUCUUGCCCAGUAGAACAACACUGCAGCAUGUACAUACAAAAAAUAUGUAUGACGAAACAGUUGUGAAAUUGAAAAGCAAGCUGAAUGCAAUAGAACACUGCUCAAUUACAACAGAUUGUUGGACGUCCCGUGCCAAUACGAACUUUAUUACAGUAACGUGUCAUUUUAUUGACGAUUUUAAAUUAAAAUCUGCUGUACUGGCUACACAGCCCCUUCUGAAUGAAUCGAAUCACUGCAGUAAUAAUAUCGCUGAAACAGUAAAGAACAUUUGCGAUGAAUUUGUUGUUUUUGAUAAAAUUGAAACUGUUGUUACUGACAAUGCAGCUUCAAUGAAAAAGGCAUGCGAAUUGAUGCAAAAAAAACACCUAGGCUGCUUUGCCCACUCCUUGAACUUGAUUGUGCAAGAGUCACUGGCAAUAAAGAAUGUUCAAUCAGUUUUAAAAUGUGUAAAGAGUAUUGUCACGUACUUCAAAAGCAGCUCGAUUGCAUAUGCAAAUUUAAAAAAAGCCCAAAAUACUGCAAAGCCUUUAAGCCUGAUUCAGGAAGUGCCUACGCGUUGGAACAGUGCAUUCCACAUGCUUAAGCGGGUCCUCCUUAUUAGAGAGGCCAUUUGCUCAGUUUUACUCACAACUUCGAAGGCACCAUUGCCCUUGACAGAGGAUCAGUUUUUAUUGAUUGAGGAUAUCUGUGCCAUUUUAGAGCCAUUCGAGACAGCAACCUUGAACACGUCGGCUUCAAAAACAGUAACUAUAUCCUUAAUAAUACCAACAACGCUUGGCUUAUUAAUAAAGUUAGAUAACUUAAAGCCAAAAACGAAGACGAUUGUGGGGGCUGAAACCUGUUCAUUUUUAACAACAAAAUUAAAAAGCAGACUGUCUCCAUAUGAAACCAGAACGGUUACACGGAUGGCAACGAUACUCGAUCCGCGCUUUAAAAAGGAAGGAUUUCAUAACCCAGCUAAUGCAGACCAAGCAGUGAUAGCAUUGGAAAACCACUUAGCAUCUUUCAUAAAUGUGCAAAAUCUAUGUACAACCGAGGAACCGCCAACCAAUACAAAAAACACAGACCUGUAUAGUUUUGUGGCUGAAAAAGUGCAGCAGAAGCCAAAAAACAAUAGGGCAAAUGCAAUAAUAGAGUUGCGUCAAUUUUUCGAGCAACGCAAUGCAUCCCAGGGAAUAGAUCCGCUUGAAUAUUGGAAGAUUAAUGAAACACAAUUUGGUUCUCUUGCGCAAUGCGCAAAUAAAUAUUUAUCGGUUCCAGCAACCUCGACAGAGUCGGAGCGAGCCUUCAGCAAAGCUGGGGAAAUCGUUAAUGAAAAACGUGCAGCACUGAAGCCAAAGGCAGUAAACAUUUUGUUAUUUUUAUCAAAGAACCAAUGGCUAAGCGACGAAUAGAUCUCAACCAAAAAUUAAUAGU